UGUAGGAGGUCUAGAUGUUCAGGAAGGUAACAGGGAGAGACCGCUAGCCUUCAGUAAGCGUCUAGAUGCCUUUCUCGUCCUGGAUAGGGAAGAAGGGUCAUUGUCUCAGCCAGAGGAUGCUGGGCUCCUUGACGGAUGGGACAUCGCAGACAUUAGGAGAAGGAAGGAAGGAAUGGGUUGGGUUAGAGAAACAAGAAGGGACGAGUUCCCAGUCAACUACUUGGGUACUCGUAGCUUCUGCUUCCUGGCGGGAGAGCAACCGGUCUGGGUUGUCAAUAAAGGGUUUUGGCGUCGAGGGAGGGAUGAUUGGCUCUUCGGGCAUAUCCUCGGAUUCUCGACUCGUUCCAAGACUCACAAAGGAGGCUAGGAAUAGGAACUUGAUGGAGAGAAAGUGUGGGUUUCUGGCACUGGGAAUGCUACUCAACAUGGAGGAGUCUGUAGAAACCGAGUACUUAAUUCGACAAUUGAGGGAGGUCGGGAGAGGAGGGGCAAGCGUGAAAGCUCUGAAGGAGUUCGUCAUUUUGACAUUUCGCUUGAGGGGAGGAAGGAGUGUCGACCUGAUUAAUUGGUACUGCAAGGGGUUGAAUGCGUGGAUGAUGGGGAUGGCAGCCAGAAAGGAAAGGAAGCCCCCUAACUUUGAAGUUGAAGGGUGUGGAAGGUGGUUCAUUUCGCUGGGAGGGAGUGGGAAAGGUGAGACGGAUGCAAAAUCGGAUGAUCCGGAGGAGGAUCGGAUCUCUGAUAUGGACUUCUCCAAUGGCGGAAACGACAAUUUUGAAGCAAGAGGCGGAUCCAAAGAUGACAAGGGCGUGCUGAAGAUCAUAUUUGGCCUUUAGUUUUAGGACAACCGCUCCGGCUUUAACCCUUC